GUCAGACCUCGUGACUUCCGCUCCUUAUAUAAACAGACAAGAUGGCGGCGUUCUGUGUGCGCCGCUCCGUCCUCAGUCUGAGCAGGUUCAGGUGUUCAGGAGUGCACGCGACCCGGAGCUCACCUGGAAGAGGAACUAUCAGACCAGAGAAACGCUCGGCCUGCUGGGUAAAUCUCAGCAGACAUGAGUCCUUUACCAGAAACUUCCACAACACACAGAGAGGAGGAGGAGGAGGAGGAGGAGGAGGAGGAGGAGGAGGAGUGCUGUGGGCAGCUGUCGCAUUCUCCUUGUUCAGCAGUACAGAUGAAGACCAACGAGAUGAAGCUCAGAGGAAAGAGGAUGACAUGAUCCUGCUGCUGAAGAAGGCCAAGCUCAGUGUGUAUCGGGGGCAGCUGGACGCCGCCUCUGGUUUCCUCCAUCAGGCUGUCGUGCUGGCUCAUCAGACUCACAACAACCAGGCCAUCAUCUACACCUACAGCCUGAUGGCAAACCUGGCCUACGUUCAGGGUCAGCUGGACAACGCAGAGAAACUCUUCAAAGCAGCGAUGAGCUUCAUGCUAUCAGGAGGAAUGCCACAGGAUGACAACGCCAUCAUCGAGAUGUCUCUGAAACUCGCCACCAUCUACGCUGAACAGAACAAGGUGGAGCUUGUGGAGCACGGCUUCAGGUUUUGUACGGAGUCUCUGGAGGCCAAACUGCAGAAACAGGAGGAAACACCUGCAGAGGAGCGGACAGAGGAGGAGGAGGCUCUGAGGAAGGAGACCCGCCUCCUGCUCGGUCUUUGUUUGGACUCACGGGCUCGAUACCGGGCGUCAACGCUGCACCUGAACCAGGCCGGACAGGACUACCAGAAUGCCCUGAACAUCUGCCGCCAGGAGCAAGGAGACACACACCCACAGACUCUGGUGCUGAUGAGCGACCUGGCCACCGUCUUGGAUCUUCAGGGUCGCCAUGACGAUGCCCUGGCGCUGGUUCAGCAGGCGGUGGAUCUGAGCCGCUCCGUCGGACACCCGGACCAACACGUGCUGCUGGGAAACAUGGCGGGUAUCCUGCUGCACACAGGCCGACUGGAGGACUCGGUGCAGUUCUACCACGAGGCCCUGAGUCUGGCUCGGCAGGCCGGAGACCAGGAGGCCGUGGAGCAGAUCCAGGAGGGACUGAAGGAGGUGAAGAAGAGGAGGAACCAGGAGAGUACGGAGGAGGAGGAGAGAAAGGAGGAGGAGGCUGCAGCACAGGAGUGAUGGGUUCACAGUGUGUUGGAGUAUGAUGAUGAUGAUGAUGAUGAUGAUGAGAAUCUGUCUGUUGGUCCACAGCAUCAAACUUAGUCUCUUUACCUGCUGGACAGAUCUCCAGGAUGACCUCUGUGACCUCUGACCUCUGUGGCCUCUGACCUUUCCUCCACCAUCAGCUCCUCUGGUUCUCAUUAAACACACAGAUCUGAUGUUCAGCUCCUCUGAUCAGACUGAUGAGGAACUCUUAACAUGUUGCUUCUGUUUAACUCUGAUGUUUGUGAGUAAACUCUGAAAUAAAGAUUCAAACAGA